AGCUUUGUUUGGUUCCAAAAUUUUCACAGUUACUCAACAAUGGCUACUCUCAGAUACUUGCUCUCCAAAUCAUCAAUGCCUCUAGAACUCAGCAAUCCUUUCCAUCUUCAUCGUUCUAACAACUUCCCUCACAUUUCCCAAUUCCUAAGAGCUCUUAACUCUUUUGUUUCUAGAGAAUUCCAUUGCCAUUCACCUAAUUCUAGAAGUUUCUCCACUUCUCCUGAGUACGUCGCCCAAGACUCUGAUUCUUCCAUUGCAGCCGCUUUGAGUCUUGAUAGUCGGGUUCCGGCGACUGUUAUUACUGGUUUUCUUGGCUCUGGAAAGACUACUUUGUUGAAUCAUAUACUGACAUCUCAGCAUGGAAAGCGGAUUGCUGUGAUUGAAAAUGAGUUUGGUGAGGUGGACAUUGAUGGCUCAUUGGUUGCUAGUCAUUCUUCAUCUAACGAGGAAAUUCUCAUGGUUAAUAAUGGUUGUCUAUGCUGUACUGUACGUGGUGACCUUGUUAAGAUGCUUUUGGAACUCGUUAAGAAUAGGAGAGACAAAUUUGAUCACAUAGUUAUAGAGACAACAGGUCUUGCAAAGCCUGGUCCAGUUAUUGAAACAUUUUGUUCUGAUGAAUUGGUUUCAAGACAUGUCAAACUUGAUGGAGUCGUUACAUUGGUUGAUUGCAAGCACGCCUUGCAACAUUUAAAUAAGGUAAAACCCAGAUUUGUGUCGAAUGAGGCUGUUGAACAAGUGGCUUAUGCAGAUCGUAUUAUCUUGAACAAGAUAGACUUGGCUACAGAAUCUGAGCUCGAAGUGUUAACAAAGAGAAUCAAGCAUAUCAAUGGAAUGGCACAAAUAAAGAGAGCAAAGCAUGGGGUGGUUGAUAUGGACUUUGUUUUGGGAGUUGGUGGCUAUGAUCUUGACAGAGUUGAUUCUGAAGUUCAAUCAGAGGGCUCCCACUGUGGGCACAAACAUGAAGAUGGGCAUGAACAUCACAAGGGCCACCAUCAUGAUCAUGUACAUGAUUCUGCUGUAUCCAGUGUUAGUAUUGUGUCUGAGGGAACCUUAGAUUUAGAUGAGGUUGAUGAUUGGCUUGAAAGACUGAUUGAAGAGAAUGGGGAUGACCUGUACAGGAUGAAAGGGGUUUUAUCUGUGAGCGAUUCUGAACAACGCUAUGUUUUCCAGGGGGUACAUUCCAUUUUAGAUGGAUGCCCAGGCAAGACAUGGGAACCAAAUGAGAAGAGAAUAAACAAGUUAGUAUUCAUAGGCAGAAACCUAGAUGAAACUGCACUAAGAAAAGGUUUCAAAGGCUGCUUAUGUGAGGAAUAGAUGAUGGACGCAUGUUAUCCACCGGCAAGCUAUAGUUCAGAUUGAGCAUAAAUGCAUACUGAUAGCCAUAACACGAACCCUAUGAAACUGUGAG